AUGUCAUCUGCUGUACUUUAUUUUGAAGUCGUAAAGGACAUUAUUUUGACAAUCCCAGGCGGAAGCAGAUGUUAUACAGCGGUGAAGAUGCUGAGGAGAGAGCAUCUUCAUCUUCAUCGGUGUUAAUGUGGAGGUGAUGGCACAGCGGAGAUCUUCAUCGGUGAAUUAUUCUUAUUUCAUCCCCGUCAGUUCGAGUCCCGGUGACUGAGCCCAGACAUGGUGGAUUUAUCCCAAAGUGGUGCAGUGUCUCCCGGACACAGCAGACAUGGACCGUGCUCCGGCCCCGGGAACACUGGAAGGAAAGCGUCCAAAAAGUCCCGGACAAGAAGAAGCAAACGAGGCCGGAGGAGACGGAACAAAAAGAGCCAGCGGAACAACCCUCCGCCGUUCCUGCCCCCGGAGGCUGAAGAAGGGAACAUUGAAUAUAAGCUGAAGCUGGUGAACCCAACUCAGUAUCGCUUCGAGCAUCUGGCCACGCAGCUGAAGUGGCGCCUGCAGGAGGGCCGCGGCGAGGCCGUCUACCAGAUCGGAGUGGAGGACAACGGGCUGCUGGUCGGGCUGACGGAGGCCGACAUGAAGGCCUCGCUCAGAACCCUCCAGAGGAUGGCGGAGAAAGUCGGGGCGGACACCACUCUGCUCAGAGAGAGAGAGGUGGACUACGACUUCGACAGAAACACUCGGAAGAUCGCAGAAGUCCUCAUUCGAAAGGUUCCUGAUGACCAGCAGUUCCUGGACCUGCGGGUGGCCGUGCUGGGGAACGUGGACUCAGGGAAGUCCACCCUGUUAGGCGUCCUGACGCAGGGCGAGCUGGACAACGGGCGCGGCCGAGCGCGGCUCAACCUCUUCAGACAUCUGCACGAGAUCCAGACCGGACGCACGUCCAGCAUCAGCUUCGAGAUCCUGGGCUUCAACAGCAAAGGAGAGGUUGUGAACUACAGCGAGUCUCGGACGGCUGAGGAGAUCUGUGAGAGCUCGUCCAAGAUGAUCACUUUCAUCGACCUCGCCGGACACCACAAGUACCUGAAGACCACCAUCUUCGGUCUCACCAGCUACUGCCCCGACUUCGCCAUGCUGGUGGUGAGCGCCAACACCGGCAUCGCCGGGACCACGCGGGAGCACCUGGGCCUGGCCAUGGCGCUGAAGGUUCCCAUCUUCAUCGUGGUCAGCAAAGUGGAUCUGUGUUCCCGUGGCACCGUGGAGCGAACCGUCCGGCAGCUGGAGCGAGUCCUGAAGCAGCCGGGCUGCAACAAGGUCCCCAUGGUGGUGUCCAGCCCGGACGACGCCGUGACCGCCGCCCAGCAGUUCACCCAGUCCACAUGCAUCACGCCCAUCUUCACUCUGUCCGCUGUGUCUGGAGAGAGUCUGAACCUCCUGAAGGUUUUUCUGAACAUCCUCCCUCCACUGAGCAACAGCAAAGAGCAGGAGGAGCUGAUGCAGCAGCUCACUGAGUUCCAGGUGGACGAGAUUUACUCAGUUCCAGAUGUUGGGACUGUGGUGGGAGGAACUCUGUACAGUGGAGUGUGCAGGGAGGGCGAGCGGCUCGUGGUCGGUCCCACAGACGAAGGGCGUUUCCUGAGGCUGAAGGUCGGCAGCAUCCAGAGGAACCGCUCGGCCUGCCGGGUGCUGCGAGCCGGACAGGCCGCCACGCUGGCUCUAGGAAACUUCGACCGCUCACUGCUGCGCAAGGGCAUGGUGAUGGUCAGCCCCAAGAUGAACCCGACCAUCGGCUGCGAGUUCGAAGCCGCCAUCGUCCUGCUCUUCCACGCCAAGACCUUCCGCAGGGGGUCACAGGUCACCGUGCACGUGGGCAACGUCCGGCAGACCGCCACCGUGGAGUGCCUGCACGGGAAGGACGAGCUGCGUACUGGCGAGCGAGCUGUGGUUCGAUUCCGCUUCAUCAAACACCCUGAGUAUCUGCGGCUGGGCGCCAAGCUGCUCUUCAGGGAGGGCGUCACUAAAGGCAUCGGCCAUGUCACCGGCCUGCUGCCGCCCUUCCAGAACCACGACCAGAACGUGGACCAGAACCUGCAGGAGCAUUAACGCCUCCUCUGUCAUCAACAGAUGUUGAGCUCCUUGAGAACUUUGACCGCCCACACGCAACCUAUGCUCCUCUGAUGGGGCUUAACCCUAACCCCACAUGUCAGCAGAUUAAUCCGCCUGUCCUGGAUCUAUAGUCACCUCCUCCCCCGCUCCUGCUGCGACCCGUCAGACUCCAUCAUCUUCAUCUUCAUCGUCCUGGCAGCAGCUGCUCGUCUUCAGUUAAAGCUGCAGACUUGAACCCUGGAGGGUUAAUCUGACAGAUUGAUUUAAGAUGCUCUCAUGAGAAGCAGGAUAACGUUUGAGGAGGAUUUGAGGAAACAUUUUCAAACGGUGCGAUGCCGUCAUCAGACGCUGGACAGGAAGUCGACCUGGCUCCUCCCACUCCCUCAAACCAUGCUGCGACUGGAGGGGAAAUCUGAAGAGUGAAAAGAUUUGUUUCUUUUCAACAGCUGAGGUGGAUUUCCUUUCAUAGUUUGUGGAUUAGUUCAUGAAUCCAUGAUGAGUUUGAGUUUCAAUAUUUACUUUGCAGUGUGAAUUUGCUUCGUUUAUCAAUCUGAGUUCAGUCCAAACUCAGAGUUCAGCUUCGUCCUCCUACGAGGAGGAACUGCUUGAACAGACUCGGAUCAGAUGAGCUGGACUCAAGCCAGCAGCGUGUUAGGAAGUGGCUCAUUGUGGCUAGCUAGCAUUAGCAUGGGACUUCAGCAGCUUCAGUUAAACACGUUCUCUUGAUCUGAGGUCACACUUCAUGAAUCAAAGAGCAGCAGUUACUCUUUUAUGUGUUAAAGGAGACACAUUCUGUUCAUGUUGAUCCUUUCAUUUGUGUUAUGACUGUAAAAUGUAUACAUUCUCUAAUGUAAGGAAAUUAAAAGACAUCACUCGUCAGACUGUC